GCUCUGCGGGAAGCGGCAGCGGGCGCAGCCUCCGGCCACGGGCCGGGCAGGAAGGGUUUCAGGGCUCAGCCCCUUUCCCGCUCGGAAGCCGACGGGCCUCAGCUCCGCGGGUGCGGGUGCGGGUGCGGGUGCGUGCCCCGGCCAACCCCGCCAUGACACGCUGGCCGAUGCGGGUGCUGGCGCUGCUCCUCUGCCUGCUGCGGGCGGGCAGUGCCGCCCUCCCGGCACCUGCAGGCACCCGGCUUCGGGAGGAGGGCGGCGGCGGCGGUCGGGGCCGCCCUGCGUGGGAUGGAGGCGGCCGGGAGCGAGAAGAAGCGGCGGCUAUGCGGGAAAGCGCUGAAAGAAUUAGAUUAUUGAAUUCAUCAUCAAAAGAUAAUACGACUGCUAUCUAUGGAAUAAAUCAGUUUUCUCACCUGUUUCCUGAAGAGUUCAAAGCUAUUUACUUGAGAAGCAUACCUCACAAACUUCCCAGAUACAUAAAAGUGCCAAAGGGGAAGGAAAAACCUCUGCCAAAGAAGUUUGACUGGAGGGACAAGAAAGUCAUUGCACAAGUGAGAAAUCAGCAAACAUGUGGAGGCUGCUGGGCUUUCAGCGUUGUAGGUGGCAUAGAGUCUGCCUAUGCAAUUAAAAGAAACACCCUGGAAGAGCUCAGUGUGCAGCAAGUUAUUGACUGCUCAUACAAUAAUUACGGCUGCAACGGGGGAUCCACUGUUAGCGCUUUGAGCUGGCUGAACCAGACAAAAGUAAAACUCGUGAGAGAUUCAGAAUACACUUUUAAAGCUCAGACAGGACUGUGCCAUUAUUUUGAUCGCUCAGAUUUUGGAGUUUCAAUAACAGGAUUUGCUGCAUAUGACUUCAGUGGUCAAGAAGAGGAAAUGAUGAGGAUGCUUGUCAGCUGGGGCCCUUUGGCAGUGACAGUCGAUGCCGUUAGCUGGCAGGAUUAUCUCGGUGGAAUCAUACAAUAUCACUGCUCCAGUGGAAGAGCAAACCAUGCUGUUCUUAUCACUGGUUUUGACAGAACAGGUAGCAUCCCUUACUGGAUUGUACAGAACUCUUGGGGGCCGACAUGGGGAAUAGAUGGCUACGUUCGUGUUAAGAUAGGCAGCAAUAUCUGUGGUAUAGCAGAUACAGUUUCAGCAGUAUUUGUUUGACACGUAGCUGGGCCUCUACAACUGAUCAAAGACCACAAGUAUCAUUAGGACAUACACUGUAUAUGAAGGUGUAAUUCAAAACAACGUCUUUAAAUAUAACAAAUGGCUGUAAGGACAAUUCCUGCAACUCCUGGCUGAAGUUGUUAAAAAUGCUUUUAUUUGAAAUGUGUGUUGUGUGCCAAAUUUCUCAUGGAGUAAGAAGACUCAGAAUCAACUCCAGAGUGCACAAAAAGAAGUUACAAAGAUGGACUGAAGCCUCAAAUGUGAGCUUUAUCCAGGUGUUGAAUACUACUCCAUAGAAAAAUCUUGAAAGAAAAGAAGUGAUGGCAAAUGAGAAGGAAAAAAAUCAAUAGUAUAAGAGUAUAUUUGAAAUUAUUUGAAUAUAAGAAGAGUCAUGAGUAACAGUUUACAAAGUCAGCAAUUACAGAAUACAUCAAAUAGAGUGAGUGUUGAAUUUCCCUCAUUAAUUGAAUUCAGAGGUGGGACUUGGUGGUAAUGAAAAAGGGGUUCCAGCUUCGCUGACCUCUGAAACUGCAGCUGUGGGCAAAUGUAACUAGAACUCACAACCAAACAUGUAAUUCUAAAAUGCUCUGAAUUUUUCACCUGGAAUGCUUUACCUGUAUCUUUUAAGGAGGCCUACUAGAAAAAGUAUUGAAGAAAUUCUGUUAAUUUUGCACUCAAUUACUGCACCAUGUUUUUAGAUUAGUUUUUUAUAACCUUUUUAUGACAAAUGCAGUGAGUAUUUAUAAUAGCCUGUUCUAAUUGUUAAUAUUUUAAAUGAAAGGAAGACCAAGUGUGGUGUUUCUUUACUUCAGGUUUUGCUACUUACUGAAUUUACUUGGCUGAAAACUUCAGUUGAACAAAAUGUGAAGUCUUCUGUACUCUGACUGUUGUGUAGUCUGGCCUUCCCUGAGUGGCUUACAAACAACAGAUAGCACACUUCCAUAACUGGAAAACAACUGCCAAAGUUCCUAAUAGGCAUAGAUAAGAGUAAUGUAGUCAUAGCAAUAUGAAACACAGAUGUGCCACCAGUGUUUUUGAGGUGCUACUGCCAGGUAUAAGUACCCUGAGAUGCUGGAGUAGGGAGAACUUACCAGAAAUUCCAGCCUAUGUGUCUUUCCAAAGGAAGCACUUAAAAAGACAAAGGUCCAUUUAAUGAGAAGACGACACUGCUUUAUCAGUAUUCUAUAGCCAAAGUUGCCUUUUAUUAUAUACCAAUUUGAAUAAAAACCACUUUAAAUGCC